UUUCAUAUGGCAACACAAGAAAUUGCUGCGCGUCCAUGUCAAGGAACUGAGUUUUCAUCUAUGUAACACGGGAUCAAUAUAUAUUAAAAAUGCGAAUUUCUCACAUAAAUUUGUGGUAAUAAAGCAAUCCAUUCGAGCUUCAAAACUAAAAUAAAGUACAGCAGUGCAUAUGCGGUUUACCACCGAAACAAGAAAUACGUGUACGUUUCAUUACGAUAAACGAGUAUUAGCAGCAGAGAGAAAUGAUGGGGUCGUCCUUUAUCCCCGACAAAGUGAAGUGUUCGAAAUAGAAAAAAAACUCUUAAAUACAUAUUGUUUUAACAUUAUGUAGUGUGAGUGUGCUGACUUUGGUUAAUUUAUCGUGUUUUAAGUGUCGUUUUUGGAAAUAUUAGUAUUAUUAUGUGGUCGAGAUGAUGUGGUUUUGUGCAGCGGUAGUGGCCGCUGUGGUGGCCGCUGCCGGCGUGAGCGGGGAGCAGGUCAUGCUUCUCGAUACGACAACUGAGGAUACGCUUAGCUGGAUGCGCUUUCCCUAUGGUCUUCAGGCGAAUACUCCUGGGUGGGUGGAAGAGUCUUAUACUAAUUUCGAAAAACAAAUUAACUGGCGAUCGUAUGUGGUCUGUGACGUAGCUCAUCACAAUGUUAACAAUUGGCUGUGGACACCAUUUAUUGAGCGCAGAAAUGCCAACAGAAUAUAUAUUGAAAUCAAGUUCACUAUAAGGGACUGCUCUCUAUUCCCAGGAAAUGCUUUGAGUUGCAAGGAGACAUUCAGUCUAUUGUAUUAUGAAUUUGAUGUAGCAACCCGUGAGCAGCCUCCUUGGGAGCCAGAAAGCUACAAAUUAGUAGGCCGAAUUGCUGCUGGAGAAGGUAGAUUCAAUACAAAUUCGGAAGUCGAUAUUAACACAGAGGUAAAGAGUAUUGCUGUGACAAAAAGAGGAGUUUAUUUUGCAUUUAGAGAUCAAGGUGCAUGCAUUUCUAUUUUGGCAGUAAAGGUGUAUUAUAUUACCUGUCCAGAGAUAACGGUCAACUUUGCUAGAUUUCCAGCCACGCCAACAGGCAGGGAAGUAACUGUCAUAGAACAAGCCAAUGGAACCUGUGUGGAAAAUGCAGAGACGGCUCAGGGUGAGACACCUCCUGUUUACUUGUGCAAGGGUGAUGGCAAAUGGACAUUGCCUAGUGGAUCAUGUAAAUGCAGAGCAGGCUUUGAACCUGAUCAUAACAAUCAGCUGUGCAACGAAUGUUCACCAGGAAAAUUUAAAUCCCAUACCGGAGAUGAUCCUUGCAUACCUUGUCCUGAUUAUUCUGAAUCUGCCGCUUAUGCGGCUGCAGAGUGCAAAUGUGUUCCUGGUUAUUACAGAUCUAAAAAGGACCCAAAAACUGUGCCAUGCACUCAACCACCAUCCGCACCCGAUAAUCUGACUGUAACCUUUGCUGAUCAAUUCUCAAUAUCUUUGGCAUGGCAACCACCUCACAAAAAUGGUGGUCGCAGUGAUGUCACUUACAGUGUCCACUGCUCUAACUGUGGCCCAAGUGUUGAAUACAGACCAGCUGCUAGCGGCAUAAAUUCUACCAGAGUUACUGUAAUGGGACUGGACCCGGUAACUGAAUAUAAAUUUCAAGUAUUUGCUGUAAAUGGUGUUUCAGAACUUACAGGCGAGGCGCCUAAGAAAGUGGAGAUAACAGCCGUAACUGAAGCAUCUGUGGUUAGUGUUGUCUCAAAGUUAAGAGUUUUAAGUGUUGAAAGUGAUAAGUUGUCAUUAGCAUGGAAUCCACCUCCAGUUGAUUUAACAGACCCAGAAGACACGAUAGAGACUUAUGAAGUAAAAUGUUUCCCCAAAGAAAAUUUGGAAAAGGGCCCAAAUUCAACAAUAAAGACCACAAAAGAGCCAUACAUUACAUUAACGGGUCUGAAAAGAGACACUGAAUAUGGGAUAAGGGUGAGAGCUAAAAUGAAACGUGGUUGGGGAGAGUUUAGUUCAAUUGUAUAUGCCCGAACUGGAUCUGUGUUAGAAACAUCAUUUGUAGGUGAAGAAGAAGGUGCUCAAGUACGUCUGGUUGCUGGGGUCAUGGUUAUAGUGGUUGUGCUCUCAGUAGUUGCUAUAAUAGCUACUGUUCUCUUUUUGCGUUCAAGAGGUGAUGAUGAAUGUGACAAGAAACAACCAAGUGACUGCAAUGCUUUGAAUUAUAGAAAUGGGGAAGUAUACACUGGCCCAGAACGACCCACAAAGACAAGUAGCAAUGCUACCACACCAUUGUUUGCAGGAACUGGUUCCAGAACUUAUAUUGAUCCUCAUACAUAUGAAGAUCCUAAUCAAGCUGUUAGAGAAUUUGCUAGAGAAAUUGAUGCAUCUUGCAUUACAAUAGAGGCCAUUAUAGGUGGUGGAGAAUUUGGAGAUGUUUGUCGUGGUAAACUUAAAUUACCAGCAAGCUGUGGACAGGAAAUCGAUGUUGCCAUUAAAACUCUGAAACCGGGUUCAACUGAGAGAGCUAGAAGAGAUUUCCUGGCUGAGGCAUCCAUCAUGGGUCAAUUUGAACAUCCCAAUGUAAUAUUUUUGCAAGGAGUGGUCACAAAAUGUAAUCCAAUAAUGAUUAUAACUGAGUUCAUGGAAAAUGGGUCCCUUGAUACAUUUUUACGUGCAAAUGAUGGUAAAUUUCGCGUUUUACAAUUAGUUGGGAUGUUACGUGGUAUCGCUACUGGUAUGCAAUAUCUAUCAGAGAUGAAUUACAUACAUAGAGAUCUUGCCGCUCGCAAUGUUCUUGUCAAUUCUCAACUGGUCUGUAAAAUUGCUGACUUUGGCUUAUCUCGUGAAAUUGAAUCUACAGCAGAUGGUGCAUAUACAACACGGGGCGGUAAAAUACCAGUAAGAUGGACAGCACCUGAAGCUAUUGCUUUCAGAAAAUUUACAUCUGCAAGUGAUGUCUGGUCUAUGGGCAUUGUAUGUUGGGAGGUGAUGAGCUUUGGAGAGCGACCUUACUGGAAUUGGAGUAACCAAGAUGUGAUUAAAUCAAUUGAAAAAGGCUAUCGUCUUCCGGCACCUAUGGACUGCCCUGAGGCAGUCUAUCAACUGAUGUUGGAUUGCUGGCAAAAAGAACGAACCCACAGACCUACCUUUGCCAGCAUUGUUAAAACUUUAGACAAACUAAUUCGUUGCCCUGAUACUUUACGGAAGAUUGCCCAGAAUCGAUCUGCUGAUCCCCUUGCUGGGGACACACCUGAUUUAAUUCAAUUUUCUUCCGUAGAAGAAUGGUUGGAAUGCAUAAAAAUGUCUCGAUACAUCGAGAAAUUUAGGGCUGCUGGCAUCACAGACAUGGAUGCGGUAGUUGACCUCACAGUGCAGCAGUUGUCUUCUCUGGGUGUCACUCUUGUGGGGCAUCAGAAGAAAAUUAUGAACAGCGUACAGAGUAUGCGUGCUCAGAUUCGUGUCAGUGGCCCGUAUGGUUUUCUUGUUUAAUAUCAUAUAGACUAAAUUAUAUGUAAAAGUGUCUAUGGACAAAUAAUGCAAUUUGGUGGAUCUCUAUCUUUCAUGGUAACGUGAUUCUAUUACAGUGAUUUAAAUUAAUGAAAUUGAUGCAUUUUGUAUAUUUUUCUAAAAAAACUGUCAUAGUUUUAGCUAUACUAAAUAACACAACUUUCCCUAGUUCUUAAGGAAAC